AUGGCUCAGGAGGGAAGAGAUCCCUUCUGUAUGGGGAGAUGGGGGCUUCCUGGAGGGAGCCAGGGCGAGGGGCUCACCAGGGUGAGACAUCCAAGGGACCUGGGGGACCGGCCAUGGGACACUGUGGUCCCACGUGGCUCCUGGAUGCGCUGUGUGUUUGCUGAGCUGGAGGGGACGGGGAGCCCACGUGUGGGAGAGGGAGAGGCCAUGCACGCCCUGAGUCGGGCUUUACAAAAACCUUCUGGUGGCAGCAGGAGAGGAGCCACGCAGAGGCAGAGCCAGGGAGAGGCGGUCGCCAGUCGCUGCAGGCGCCUCAGCCCAGUGGCGGGCCUUGGCCCUUGGCUGCCUACUCCUACCGCCCCAGCCCCGGGCGGCCCUGGGCCUGCUGCGGGCGCGGCGCUGCCCGACCAGAGCUUCCUGUGGAACGUCUUCCAGAGGGUUGAUAGAGACAGGAGUGGAGUGAUAUCGGACACCGAGCUUCAGCAAGCUCUCUCCAAUGGCACGUGGACUCCCUUUAAUCCAGUGACUGUCAGGUCGAUCAUAUGUCAGGGGAGGAAACAGGAGGUACAGGAACGCUACAGGGGAGAAAGCACGGAGAGAUGGGAAAAGCACGGAGAGAGAGACGGGGAAAGGGCAAUCAGGAAGACCGAGAGAAAAGGGGGGAAGCAGAAUGACAGAGGAGGUGUGAAGAGAGAGAAGCCCUCUGGAGCGCUGAAAUACUGAAUAUUCUCCCCUGGGAGCUACUCAGGAUAAGAAUUUCUCCAGGGACUGCUCUUUCGGGCAAGCACAAUUACACACAUUUCUAUGUUAUGUUAAGUAAAAAUCUAGUAAACGGGCUGGGCACGGUGGCUCA